AUGACAUUAAACUCACAAUUAUUGGCAGUAGAAAUGGAUGAGAAGAUUCUACGAUCGCCUAUUCCUACCAUUCCUUACCCACAAAUAUCUGUCGCUGAAUACAUUUUUGGUCGUCUCAAGCAAUAUGAUAGCCGGAAAACUGUCCUUAUUGAUUGUCCUUCGGGUCGGAAACACAACUCACAACAAGUUUACGACCACUCGUAUAACAUUGCGGCCGCUUUUGUCUCAUUGGGUCUCCAGAAAGGAGAUGUGGUUUUAUUCAUAUCUCCAAACAGUGAUUAUUAUGCCAUCGCUUUGUUGGGAGUGAUGGCCGCCGGCGGUAAAGGAGAUGUGGUUUUAUUCAUAUCUCCAAACAGUGAUUAUUAUGCCAUCGCUUUGUUGGGAGUGAUGGCCGCCGGCGGUGUCUUUAGCGCCUGCAGAGAGAUCUUCAAUGCUGUUGAGGACACGACCGCCAAGUAUUUGGUUUGUACUAAAGAAAACUUGGAGGACAUCAAGAAGAUUGCCAACAGUUUACCACAGAUUAGAAAAAUCAUAUUAAUAGCAAACGACUGGAAUUUGAAAAACGACUCGAAAAUCGUACCAUAUUUUCAAUUAUACGAUUAUAACGCUUCCGAGUGUGACAUCGAUUUACCCAAACGAGUCAAUUGCGAGACAGAUAUGGCGGCACUUCUUCUGUCGUCGGGCUCUACCGCCAUAGCAUCGGGAGCUGUCGGCGCCAUAAUGCCCGGCUUUGAUGGCAUUAAAUUCAUUAAUUAUGUCGAGAAAUAUAAGAUUUCGAGUGUAUUUUUAGUGCCUUCUUAUGCCAUAUUCUUAGCCAAUGUUGACGUUUCCAACAGAGAUGUGUCAAGUCUUGAGGAUAUUAUGUGCGCCGGAUCUCCACUUCCCGAUGGAGUGGCCGAUAGAGUUACACACAAUUUAAAACUCAAAUACUUUCGUCAAGGGUAUGGCAUGACUGAAAUCGGAUUCUGCACUCAAGUAUAUCGUAGUAAGACUGUAGAGCACAAGAGGUCUGUCGGCUGGUGUAUACCCGACUCUCAGGUCAAGAUUGUCGACCCGAAGACCGGGCAAGUGUUGGGCGCCAAUCAAAUCGGCGAGAUAUGGAUCAAGAGUUUUCAGGUGACGCCCGGGUAUCUGAAUUUGCCCGACAAGAACGCCGAGUCCUUUGAUAGCACGGGAUUCAUACGGUCGGGCGACGCGGGCUUUUAUGACUCCGACCGCUUGCUAUAUAUUAUGGACAGAUAUAAGCAAAUUAUAUUAGUCGAGGGCGCGAUUGUGUUGCCCUCAGAGCUCGAGUUUCUGCUCCUCAAUCACGAGGAUGUGUCCGAAGCGGCGGUCGUCGGCAUUCCUCACGAGUAUUACGGAGAGAUUCCGAAAGCAUUCGUUGUCCUCAAAGCCAACCGCAAUGUAAGCGAAGAAACACUCAUUCAAUACAUCGAUGGACUCGUCAACACUGUUAAGAGACUGAGAGGAGGACUCGUUAUACUGAAAGAGUUGCCUAAAACUCCUUUGGGAAAAAUCAAUAAGACUUUACUUAAAUGA